GCUCAAAAAAAAAAUAAAAUACUUGAGGAUAAAUAAUCUCGCAUCGAUCUCUCGUCGCCUCCAAAAUCCUUUUCUCCUCCAAUCAAAGAAAAAUUAGGGUUCUCAUCUCCUUACCCUCCCUCUUCUGAUCCUCUCUGUAUCCACCAAUCAACGAUGACGGGAAAGGCGAAGCCGAAGAAGCACACGGCGAAGGAGCUCCAGGCGAAAGCCGACGCAGCGUUGACCAACAGAGGAGGAGGAAAAGCGGGGUUAGCGGACAGAACCGGUAAGGAGAAAGGAGGACACGCGAAGUACGAGUGUCCACACUGCAAGAUCACGGCGCCGGAUCUGAAGACGAUGCAGAUCCAUCACGAAUCGAAGCAUCCUAAGUUGCCUUACGAGGAGCCGAGGAAUCUCCACGAGUCUCUCUCUGCUCCUGCUGAGUCGUCUAAACCUAAACCUGGGAUUAGAGGAAGCCUCAAGAAGUGAUUGUGUGAUUGUUUGUGUUGAAAUUAAUGUAAUAAAAAGAUGAUGUCGUAUGCAAGUUGUUGAUGUGAGGAGUAUAGCGAUGAUGCUAUUAUAUGAAAUUAACUGAGAUCUUCUGAUGAUGUUAUCUCUUAUAAAACUUGUGUUUUUAACUAAUGGCUUAUUGUUUUCAUUAUCUGGUUGAAUUUAGUGCAAUUAGGUUUGGAUUUGGUACUGGAUUUU